AUGCCACGAAAAGACAGCGAGAGCAGCUCGUCGAGUCACGAAGAGUCUCAUCGUGAAGACGAGUCACUCUCUAGUGAUGUCGUGGUCAACAAGUAUCAGAUGGCUGCCCAAAUGGUCAACGAAAUCCUCAAGAAACUGAUCUCAGAGGUAAAGGAAGGGGUAGAAGUUGGCACUCUCUGCACCAUGGGCGAUAGUCUUAUACUCGAGAAGACAUCCAAAGUGUUUGUCAAGGAAAAAGAUGUUACGAAGGGUAUUGCUAUGCCAACGUGCAUCUCUGUAGACCAUUGUAUCUGCCACUAUUCACCUCUUCGAUCGGAUCCACCUGUUGUGUUAAAAAAUGGGCAGAUGGUGAAGAUCGACCUUGGUGUUCAUAUUGACGGCUACAUUGCCACAGCAGCGAACACUGUUGUUGUUGGAGCUAGCCCAACGAAUAAAGUCACGGGUAAGCAUGCUGCUCUACUGAAGGCCACGUAUGAAGCAAUGGAAGUUGCGAUUCGUAUGCUUCAACCUGGUAACAAAAAUAUGGACAUUACUGCUGCUAUCGACAAGGUCGCUGCCGAAUAUGGUAUGACUCCAAUCGAAAAUAUGGUUUCACACCAACUGCAGAGAGAUCAAAUAGAUGGAGAGAAGCAGAUAAUCCAAAAUCCUGGAGAAAAACAGCGAAGCGAAAUGGAAAAGUGCACCAUAGACAAACAUGAAGCCUACGCCAUCGAUGUUUUGUUUUCUACUGGCAAAGGAAAAUCCAAGGAUAUGGACACUCGUACAACAGUUUACAAAAGGAAUGAGGAUAUCCAGUAUUCAUUGAGAUUGAAAGCUGCCAGGGCACUAAUGAAAGAUGUCAAAGAUAAGUUUGGAGUUAUGCCAUUCACACUACGAGCUUUGGAAGAUGAGGUGAAGGCAAAGAUGGGUGUUGUAGAGCCUGAGAAACAUGGACUUCUCCGGCCGUACCAGGUGCUGUACGAAAGUGCCGGCGAAGUUGUCGCUCAGUUUAAAACUACAGUACUGGUAAUGCCAAACGGACUGCUUAAAAUAGCAGGCCUUCCUCUAGACAUGAACCUCAUUGAUACUGACGCAAAAAUGCAGGAUUCCGAAUUAAUUGCCACAUUGAACUCGCAACUAAAGAAGAAAAAGAAGAAGCCGGCUAAGAAGGACAUCCCUGCAGCUGCAACGAACAAUACAGCACCUCCCGUAGCUGAGCCAGUUGCUGCAAAGUAG